CCGCCCCGUCGCUGAUUAUUUUCCUACAACACUACAGCACUGUCUUGCUUUAUUGCUUACAUAUUUUUUUUAUUUUUAUUCUGUACGUCCUUCGGUCACAAAAACACGUGUCUCGAAUGUGUCCGCUUUCCAUAGAGCACCGCACGACGUUUCUGUUUAUCACGAUACGAUUACGAUUACGAUCCAAAUCCGUACAUCCCUGUCUUCUUCACAUGAAGGAGUCAUAACCCUCUGUACAGCUAAAGGAGCACUUCAGUGAAGAUUAAUUGCUGUUUGUGUUCUACGUGCGGACUCACUUUCCAUUACGUGGUCGAAAGAUAUCAUUUCUAGCUUUUGAUGCGAAACUAAAGCGCAAAAGCGCGUUUUGGGUGAAAAGUUCAAACUAAGAGCAACAUUUCAAUCCCAAGCACAAUGCCCCUUUAACUGUUAUUGAUCCUUGUUUACAGAUGUGCUUGUAUAUAAAUCCAGUCUAUUACACAGCCACGUGCUGAUGUAUCAGAAUGCAGGCGUUAUAACGCAACGUUAUAACACUUUAUACACGCCUUAAAUCUCACAUUUACAAGUUUAACCAUCACUCUACACGAGCACCAUGAGUGGUUUUUAUCUUUAUUAGUGUUUAAGCUGUAUAAGUGUUUAAAAGGUUUUUUGUUUUUGUUUUUUUUUAAUGCUACCUCACCUCGCUCGGUUUGGUUAUUUGGACUAAACCCGGCGCCGUGUUCCAAACAGCUCUGUAUUGAAUAUCUAGGGCACUACGUGUUCCGUCGACGUCACUCUUCCACGCAGUGCCCUACGUAGGGAGCGCGCAGAUAUUCGGGACGCAAUCCGACCGCUUCUCCUAUCGCUUUAAAGGACAAUUACAGGCAGGAUAGCUCGGUUAGGGGUUUUUUUUUUUUCACCCUGAGGCGAGCAGUCACGCCUUUCUCACACCGGGAAUUUCAGCAGUGUGCUGUGACACGCAAGUGGGAAAAACCCGAGGAUUGGAAAAAGAAAGGAAAAUAAAGAAAAAAGGAGAACGAAAGAGAGGAAAAAACUGGGGAGCCAUGGUUAGCUGAGAGAGAGAGAGAGAGAGAGAGAGCGAGAGAGACGUCGCUUUCACGCUUUCUAUUCAUCUGGAUGUGAAGUGUUCAAGAGAAAACCACACACACACACACACACACACACACACGGGGAUUAGACACCUCCCGAACAAACGAAUCGGACAUGAUUCAAUUAGGACGUUUGGAGGACUAUGGAGCGGGCGCAGUGUGAUGGGACACACAGCACGGAGAUAAGUUCAGGACGCCAUGGAGACCGCUACAGUGAUUAGCUCAUUCAGCUAACACCAUCACCAUGACGGGAGCUUGAUUGAUCACAAUGUGGUGUUUGAUGGAAACCCGGAUCUCACCCACAUCUGGAUCCUUCACGGCUGCGUCCAGAGUUUGUUGAUUACACAAACACACACACACACACACACACACACGGAUACGUUCGUCAUACGGACACCUCGAGCGAGUGAUGCUGGCGUCGUCAUCCCGCUUUCAGCAAACUCGUCCAUCCAGACAAUCAGACGUCACUCCGUGCCUUUAUUAACGCUCUCGUUCAUCAGAAACAACAUGGCCGACCAGAGCAACAUCCAGUGCGCCGCUUCUAAAAGCAUCCGGCCGUUUAAGUCCAGCGAGGAGUACCUCUACGCCAUGAAGGAGGACCUGGCCGAGUGGCUGAACGGCCUGUACGACCUGGACAUCACGGCCGACACCUUCAUGGAGAACCUGGAGACGGGCUGCGCUCUCUGUCGCCACGGCAACAACGUGAACCGCGCCGCGCUCGAGUUCUUGUCCCAGCACCCGGACUCGGCGCUCCUCGCUCCCAGGCGGGACGUGGCGUUCCAGUACCGCAACGUGGUUCCCGGAUCGUUCGUAGCGCGCGACAACGUGUCCAACUUCAUCGGCUGGUGCAGGCACGAGCUGCGCAUCAAAGACGUGCUCAUGUUCGAGACCAACGACCUGGUGGAGCGCUGCAACGAGAAGAACUUUGUGCUGUGCCUGCUGGAGGUGGCGCGCCGAGGGGCCAAGUUCGGCAUGCCCGCCCCCAUGCUGGUGCAGCUCGAGCAGGAGAUCGAGGAGGAGAUCCGCGACCAGGAGAACCUGCAGGAGAACGCGGACAAGCCGAGCAGCAGGACGUUUAAUCGGGAGAAGAGAAACAGCGACUCGGAACCGGAGCUCGUCAACAGCUGGAAACAGCAGAAAAGAGUCCUGUGUGACAUGCGCAACCUGGACGAGCUGGUACGGGAAAUCCUCGGCCAGUGCUCGUGCCCCGCCCAGUUCCCCAUGACCAAAAUCUCGGAGGGAAAGUACAAAGUAGGCGACUCCAGUGCACUCAUCUUCAUCAGGGUGCUGAGGGCCCACGUGAUGGUGCGUGUAGGCGGAGGGUGGGACACGCUUGAGCAUUACCUCGACAAACACGACCCCUGCCGCUGCAACGCCUAUGCUCACCGCUAUCAGCAGGGUAAAGCCAGCGGUCAGGCUCCUCACAGUAAGAACUCGAGCGCCCACUCGUCCCGCUCGGCCAGCCCCGGGCCGCAUUACAAACCCUCCGAGCGGCGCUCCCUGGAGCCUUCGGCACCCUGCGCUCCCACCUCUUCCUCAUCGUCCUCCCCCAGACUCACACGGGCCAACCUCAGAGACGCAGAGUCGAACAGGGGCAGGACGAACGGCACGCUGCUGCCCAAACCUCCCCGAGACAGAUCAGAGCCUCGGCAGUUCAACCCCAUCAGGAAUAAAGACACUCUCUACCCUUUGACUCGCCGUCUCUCUGGAGACAGUGACUCUUCUACUGCCUCCUCUAAAGGUGGCGGAGUAACAGGAGGAGGCGGAGGAGGACGUUCGUCUUUAGGAUCUCGUCGUGUUAAAGGGGAAGAGCUGGUCUUCCUGGUCAACCGAAAAGAAGGCAAGCAUGAGAUCGAGCGGACAGGGGGCGGACAGAUGCCCAUUCUUCACCCGCCUCAGCCACGAACUCGCAGCACCUCCAGAGAACGUCCUGCACCUGCUCCCUCCUCCCCAGGCAAAAUGAAGCCCUGCCCGCCCCAAGGCAACCCCACACGCUUCGAGAGGGGCCGAUCGUUGGGGCCAGAUGGGCCUCGAAGACUCCAGACUUCCCGCUCCCUCAGCCAAGGUAAAACUCCACAACGUGGGCGAGCAAGCGACGGCACACCCGCUUCGCCUCGCCACCGAGAAGCCCAAGAUGACCCGAGAUCUAAGCAGGUGCCUCCAGGUUCACCUAGGCUAAGCGGAGGCUUCUCUAAGAGACAAAUGCCCUCGUCAGCCUCUAACUCACCUGUUAAAGGGGUCACCGGAAGUCCUAUGAAGAAGAGCACAGUGACCCCACGACCUCCUGCCCCACGCUCACCCUCUGUGGGGAAUCGGAGGUUGCUGCCCCCCAUCUCACAGCCAGGUCGGCGCUCUCCACACUCGACGCCCAGGUCCACACAGAGAUCACCCCACCACCACCCGCCACGGUCACCUCGGGUAUCAGGGAGGCCGACUCAGAGAGGAUGGGGCCACCAAAAUCAGCCAGUCCCCCAGGAUGACACAGGGAUUGGGUUCAGCUUGCAUUCCUUACCCGCUCUGGAUCCAAAACGUGAGCUGGAGCUGUAUCGCAGCUUCGAGGCAGAGUUUCUGGCCAACACAGGCCAGACCAGUGUGCCUGAAACAAAGGAAGGAUCAAUGCAGCUUCCUGUCUCUAAGCAGGGCUUUAGGGCAUCAAGUGACAAUAAUGUAGCAGAUUCAGCCUACUCAUCCUCUAACUCCUCUUCCUCCUCUCUGAAUGUGGGAGGAAAAGUGGGAGUCCUGCCUGACUUGCGUGAGACAAGGCGUACUAACAGCACCCGAAGCUGCGCUCUGGAGGAUCCUCCAACCUUGCUGCACAGCCAGACUCGAGCUGGUCUUCCCAAUGGAGGCUUCCGCAAACUUCCUGCCAUCCCCAGCUCCAUGGAGGAAGGAGAUCCAGGACUCUACUCUAACCACGUCCACUCAGGUCUUCUAAUAAAUGGAGGUCACAGGGGGUUCUCGAACUCUGUGGUACCCAUGGAGGCCCAGGCGGAUUGGGCUGGUUUGGAAGGCGAUGUCCCUUCGGACGAUCACGACCCAGAUCUACCUUAUGGCCAGGGUCUCUCUAAUGACCUCCCACUCCCAGACUCAUUCCCGUCACCUCCUCCACCAGAGGACUGCUCCUACAAUGACUCCUCCAGUGAGAGCUCUUCCAUGUGUCUCAGCCUGAGCGAGCCGGUUUCUGAAGGUUCCUGCAGCCCCCCGUCCUCCCUGGCUAACGGAAACGCAGACGGCACUGUGGUCCUCCGGGCCAAAAGAGGGCAGAAGAAGGCAGACAGGGUACCUUCCAUAUACAAGCUGAAAUUACGGCCACGGAUACGGCCUCGCACGGACAACAGGCCCGAGAACAGUCCAUCACGCAUCCCAACGCCGCUCAGCUACAGAGAGCUACAGCAGCGGAAGGCUUCCGGAAAUAUGACGCCACCACAGUCACCGUGCGCCCGCAAAAAUCUGCACCAAGCCUUUGGCGACGUCAUCCACCAACAACGGAGAUCAGCCAGCGUGGGUUCCAGGGAACGCUCUUUCUCGCCAGAGUCCAGCCCGGACCCGGACGCCUGGAUGUAAUCCGGACUUGAUGUUGUAGACGUUGACGUCGAGGAUGACUCGCUUCCCGUUCUUCCUGAACUUUCCACAACCCCGUGCACCUACAGAAGGCUACAUAGAGACAGGAGAAAGUCUGAAAGCUGUGAUUCUCAUCUAGAAAGCUGCUAAAACACUAAAACAACGGUGGCGUCUAUUAGCAUGAGCUUUUCUCCAAGCAUGUCACGAAUCUCUCCAGCCUGAGCCUGGACACUUUUUUCCCCACUGACUCCCAAAAAAAAAAAAAACCCAACAACUACCAAAGGAUGUAUUUCGCCUAGCACAUUACGCAACUUCUUUUUAAGUUGUAUGAGAAUAUUUAUAGCUCGGCGGGGUUUUUCAUUCUCUUCCUUGUGAAACCUUUCUGGUUAAAGCGCGCUAUAAACUUCAGGAAGACGAAAAGGAGGAAACGAGAACGGUGACGAAAGAGUCGGCUACAACGCACAGGGUUCUCUCGAGGACCAAAGUCUGAUGUGUCACUUCGGUGGACGGAAAAUAUUGACGAGACGUCUGACGGAAGUGAGAAACCGGCGCCCAUGUUUCCCGUGACGUCCUCGCCAUUACGAGUCGGAUUGCGUCCUCGCCAUUACGAGUCGGAUUGCGUCCUCGCCAUUACGAGUCGGCCUGUCGAUCGGAUUGCGUCCUCACUCGGACAAAUGCGUACGACUUUCGCUUUGUUGUCGUGACCGGACCUAAAGCGGAUUAUGUUCCUACUUGAUUAUUAAGACUUUUAAAUAAGUUGCGCUUAUUUUAUUUGGGGUUGCUAUAGCGACAGCUUACUUCCAAAAGGACAAACUGGGUCUGGGUUUUUUUUUUUCUCUAUCCGUCUCUGAGAACAUUGUUUAUUAGUAGUAUAUACACUAAAGGAGGAGGAGUUUGUAGCUGUCAAUCAAGCUAGUUUGGAUCAUAUUGGACUGCCACAUUGGUGCAAACUCACCCAGUGAAAUGGUGCGGAACGUAGAAAGGCUGGAACCGAGACUACGUUUGCAUUUUCUGCCAUUUUUUUUUUAAAUACCGUAUUUUCUGGACUGGUGGGGAACCCGUAGAUUCUGGAAAAAUCUUCUAGAAAACUCUGUCUCUGUGUGUGGGUACAUUUCACGUUUUACUUCUAGCAUACACUCGUAAAAAAAAAAAAAAAGUUAUCUU